AUGUACUCUCUAGCCAGUCCUGAUGAUGAAUAUAAAACGAAAGUUGAUAGAAUUAUGGGAGAGAACACAGAUUUAUCGCGGGACUUAGAAAACUGGAUGUCCAAGCUGCCUCAGAGCUUAAAAUCCUUACCAAUUAUUUACUUAGCCAUUCCAGGAACUCACGACAGUUUCACUGCAAAUAUAUCAAGUGCCAGCGAUGUUUCUCUGGAUGCUGAGAAAAUUCUUCAGGACCUACAUUGGGUUUUAUGCGUUAAAGUUGUUAUGGCCAAUUGGACCAAAACUCAAAAUUUAACAGUGAAUCAACUACUAAAGGCUGGAAUUAGAUAUUUUGAUUUAAGAAUCAGUUCAAAGAGAAACACAACUGAUUUGUAUUUUUGCCAUGGACUCUAUUCCUGCAAAGUGGAACCUGUUUUAAGAGAAAUAAAUACAUUCUUGGAGACCCAUAUAGGGGAGGUCGUAAUAUUGGACUGCCAACACUUUUACGGAUUCAAUCAAGCCUCCCAUAGCAAAUUAAUGCAAUUCAUUGUUAACACAUUCGGCACUAAGCUGCUACCGUAUUCAGACCAUAUGGACCAUCUUUCUUUGGAUUAUAUGACUUCCCAAUUUAGAUAUCAGCUCAUAGUAGUGUACAGAUCAAAUGCGGCUCAUUUCGGUCAACCACUGCUCUGGCCUUCGGCUAGUUUUCCCACACCUUGGGCUGAUACUAUGGAUCCAAAUAUUUUAUUUAACUUUCUGGAUGAGGGUAUUGGGAAUCGAACUGACCACGUUGGAUUUAUCACCCAAUGCAUUCUCACUCCCAGUCUGGCUGAUAUUCUUGGAAAUAUGUUCACCACGUUGAAGCAAAAACUGGCCGUAGACUUUGAAGACCUAAGAACUGGGUGGAUAUCAAAACAAAUACCCGGUAGAAGGGGAGUUAAUAUUAUCAUCGGGGACUUUGUAGACCUGGCUGAUAAUUUAUUCACCAAAUCUGUGAUCAAUUUGAAUUUAAAACUUCUAAGUGACCUUCCAAAACGCCUGAACACUGUUAUCAGCGUUGGCAGCGAUAAAAAAUUUUAAAAUCAAUGCAACUAGUUUUUAACAAAUGCUCUCAGUAUUUACAUACCAUAUGUACUACUUAUCAAAGAAAUCUUGCCAUAUUUAUUAAUUGUAAACUCUGUGAUUAUUCCGACUCAACAUUAUAAAUUGCAUUAAAGUUGUUACUUGACAAUCAAAACUUGGCUGAAACUGAAAUUGAUAUUGUGAUAAGUAGGUAUUUCUAGUCAGAUUUGCGAACAUUCCAGUGCUUUUAUGUAGGUAUAUUAACUGAUUUUCUCAGUCAAUUUAUAAGCAAACGGUAAAAACACAUCAGAAUUUAAUGGUGAAAUUUGUAGUUUUUAUUGAUAAUGUAUUUGUAUUUAUUAGAAAGAAUCUUCUAGGAAUAUGCAAUUGAAAAAACGUGAUGGAUUUUGCCUGUUAGCAUGUUCUUGCCGUUACCAAAACAAAAGUAGGUAUUUCGUCUCCAGAUAUAUUCUUAGAUAUAAUAAACAAAAUUCAUCCAUAUGUAGGGGCAAUUCACUUUUUGCAGACAAUAAGAAUGGUUUAUAAUCUGUUAGUGUACAUAUAACGUCCGCUGUUGUAUUUUUAUUUUAACUGCCUAGUGUUAAACUGAAUUUCACUAGAAAAUUUUAGUAGUAGUGUAGGUGUGCAACCAGUGUAAGAAUUGGAACAUAUUUUGUUAACAUCUCGCAAGUUGAGUUGUGAAUUAGUAUCAAGAAGUUUUUUAUUCCCAAACUCUGGUCAUAUACAGGGUGUCUUAAAUGCGCGACUAAUAGGUAAGCGGGUGGUUUCUCAGGUCAUUAUGUGAAAAAAGUCCUAUAACAUGGGUCCUAAAAUGCAUCGUUUACAAAACAGAAAACGAAAGAGUGCUAUACGCACAAAUAAACAAAGCUAAGAUACGAUCAAAAUUUAAAGGAUAAAAAGUUGAAUUUUUAGUGCCGUAUCUGAGAAAAAAAUGGAAAUUAAUUUUCAUUUUAAGUCAGUGGUGAACAAUUUUUGUUAAUAAAUUCGGCUCAUGUGCUAAUUAAGGCUAAUUCAACUCCACAUAUUACUACAAAUAAUGCCACCAAAUUUUGAAAAAGUGAAAAAUUAUGUUUCUAAAAUCGAAAGUGAAUUUAUUGCAAAGAUUAAUUUCUAUAUUUCUGUUUUGGUCAAAAAAUUAGCUGCGAAUAGUUUCCCCCUAAGUCCAUGAAGCGCUUUUUUUUAACACCUUGUAUAUAAGGAAAAAGGAAAUAUAUUGACAAUAACAUCAACAUCAAACUAUGUACUUAAAGUCCCACUUGAUAUAUUUUUUAUAUUAAUUCAAAUUAUUUUAAAACAUUCGCCCUGAAGUACAUGAGCAUAAAUAUAUUUGCAAUCAGCAUAUACAAAAUGUUAUCCGUUUUAAUAUAUGUUAUACUGCUAAUAUGCUAUUUAAUAUAUCAUAUUAAGUAAUA